AUGAUAGUUCUCAAUAUGUUUUUGAUUCCUAUUGUGAGCUAAUAAUUCGUUAUAGGAUCGGUAGAAAAAUGCUAUUUUAUUGAUACUAACUUUUUUAUGAUAGUUAAAUUAUUUGAUAAAAAUGCUGUGUACUAGUAUAUUUCUGGAUUUUUAGAUUUACAAUCCCGUUAAUUUACUAUUGGUGGAGCAAAUCUUAUGAUUCAAGAUAUAGCCACAAUAUAUAGAACUAUUUUACCUGAUAAUUCUAUCUAAUAUACUUGUAUUCUAGUUAAUUCUAUUUACUAUACAUCUUACACAUUAAAAAUAUACAUAAACGUGACAAAAAAAUAACUAUUAUUUGAUACAUUUACUUAUUCUCCAGGUUAAAAUUUAGUUGCUAGUUACGGUGAUGCUUAAAAUAAUAUAGUAAUUGUAGGUUCAAUUACAGGAUAAGUAAGAGUAAAAACAAUUAAUACAGAUAAAACUCCUUAUAAAAUGUAUUUAUCUUAAUCUUAAAAUGAUAAUAUCCAGUUAAUUUAGCAUAGUUUUAAAAUUGGUUUAAUAUUUAUAGGUACAAGUUAUUAGAUAAAGUGUUUUAGCAUUCAUACAGAUGAAAUAAUAGAAAUAAUUUCUUUUAAAACUUUGCAAAAUCCUCCACAAUAACCUGCUAUUCAAAAUUUAAUAAUUUCUAAUAACUUAAAAAUACUUAUUUCUUAUAUUCAGACAGAGUUAAUUUUGAAGAAUUAUAACAACAACUAAUUAUACUCUGCAUAAAUAAUAAAUAACUCGAGAAUUUUCCUAACAAUAGUUAACGGCGUAUUUAUAGAUGAAAUUUAAUAGCAAAUUUACAUUUAUGGAAGCGAUAUUGUAAUUACUGAUAUUUACUUGAAUAAAAUAUAAAAAUUGACAUCUUUAGCAAGUACACAAUAGUAUAAUUAAUGCAUUUUUACAAUUACAGCAGCAUAUUGCUCUAUGAACAGAUAAUAUUUGCAUAUUUUUGAAAUAAAGCCAAUUUUUGCAAUUCUUUCAAUAAUCAUUAUUUAACCUUAAUUAGUAGGAUUUUCAUUCAUUUUAGAUCAAAGUUAUUAACAAAUAAUUGUCUAUAACUAAUUAAUUGAUAUAUACAAUAUUUAUGGCGUUUAUAUUCAAACUAUAAAUGUAGUAACAUCUAAGAUUAUAGCUAUAUAAGAAGCUGGUUAAUGCACCAUGAUUCUUACAAAAUCAAAUGGAUAUAUCUUUUAAAGAGGAAGUUUUUAAUCUUUAGGCAAUAUUUAACCUAGUGGAGGCUCUAUCGUAGGAGCAUAUUAUAUAGAAUCAAUAAAUUAAAUUGCAUAUUACACUGAUGAGAUCAAAUUUGGCUAAGUUCUAUUUUAUAAUCUAAAUAAUUAUUAAUCAGCAGGGUCUAUUAGCAAUAUUUAUACAGCAGACGGUAUAGGAAGAGCUAUUUAGGUUUCUUUUGAUUAUGAUAGCAUUAUGUUAAAUUAUAUUGAUAACUUUGGAAAUUUUUAGAAUGUAAUCUUUAGUACAUCGAAAACAACUGAUAAUCAAAUAGUUAUAACUGAUAUCUUAAAUGGCAUUGUGUCUCCACCAUAAGGUUAUAUUCUUGAUUUUGAUUAGAAUUCUGUUUAUGUCUAUGGUAAUGAUUCAGUUUUUAAGCUUAACUAUAAUAUUAUGACAAGGCCAUUGCAAGUAAUAAUAUAGUAACAAUAGAAUUUAUAAUUUGUUGUUCCUCAAAGUAUAAAUGGUGUUUCUCAAAAGAUAUUAUAUUUAGUAGAUUAUUAUAAUAACCUUUUAUCUUAUUAUUAAUAUGAAGUUUUCUUUUAAACUAGGUUUGAUGACGAAAUAAUUGAUAUUUUAACAUACUAAGCAUCAAAUAAUUAAAUGUUUCUUGCAUGCUUUUUAAAAUAUAUUUUAGUUUUCAAAAAUACUACUAACUUUUCACCUACUAACUCCUACUUAAAAAUUACUAAAUAUCAGUAUAGAAAAAUACUUUUAAAUUCAUAAGGUAGAAUUAUUUUUAACACAUUGAUAAAUGAAAUAGUCGACUUCGAUUUCUUAAAUAAUUAGUAAAUUGGUUACUUAAAAUUAGAUGUAUCUGAUCUUAUUGUAUGUACAUUAUAAGUUAAUAACUUAAAUUUGGAAAUAUGGUAUUUUUUUAUGGGAACUUAAUUAGGAAACAUAGUUUAAUACGAUAUUUAUAAUAAAUAAAUGUAAAUAAUAACUUUUGAAUCUAAUCCUGUUAUAUCUUUUAUUUCUAUCACAUAAGAUUAAAUGAACAUAGCAAUAGUUAUGUAAUCUGGAAAUAUUUUUGAAAUUAAUUCUUAGUCUCUUUAAUUAAAUACAAAUUAAAAUAUUUAAAAGAAUAAGUAGUAACAAAGCAGUGAUAGAGGUAAUCAAAAUAUAAAGGUUUAUUUUCUCUAUAUGGAUUUUUAGUCGAAUAGAUAUUUUAUUAAUUUACAAUUUGAAAAAUCCUUAGGCAUCUAUAACUUGAUAGAUCACUCUUUUAUUAAGUAUAUUAGCUUUCCAGAUGAUGAAUACAAAAAAAUUAUUCAAAAUUCUAGCUUUCUAAUACUAGCAAGCUCUGCUUAAAUAAAUGUUUAUGAUAAUAAUUUGAAUUACAUAAAUAGGUUAAGGAGAUAUAGCAGAAAAGAUAGAAUAUCUGACAUCUAGUUGAUUGAUACAAAUAAAAUUAUAAUUGUAUUUACAACAAGAAUAGAAACAGCUUUUAUUGAUAUAAAUUUAAUGAUUGUGGAAUCAGUUGAUUAGGUGCAGCUAACAAAUCCAAGGCUUAUAAUAUCUGAAAUAAUACAAAGCGAGAAAGUAAUUCAUUUAUUAGGAAUAUCAUAAACAAAUAUAUUUGAAAAGAAAAUUAGUCUAGGAAUUUUUAUCUCAUAAACAACAACUAAUUUAUUAAAUUAGAAUUAUUGUGAAUCUUCAUUGCAAUUUACUGAUAAUAGCUCAAUAUUUAAUUAAUUUGAUUAUAUUAUGAGUACUAGCAUAACAAAUAUGAAUUUUAUUCUAUCCAUCUUAGUAGGCAGUUAGUUAAGGUCAAUGCAAUUUUUACAAAACUCUUCUGUUUAAGUAAUUAUAAGACCUAUUGAUGUAGUUAAUAAUUAUUUAUUUAUAAAUUCUUAAACAUUUUAAUAACUCCCAUUUAAUGUUAAUUUGGAUAAUUUUAGUUUUGAGUUUAGUUAAGAAAAUGUUGGCAUUAAUUUUCACUCCUUAACUCAAAAUGUCACAUUUUAGGAUAUUAAUAUUACAGAUUAAAAUAUUCCUAGCUAAACUUCAUUAAAUUUUGAAUAGCUGGAGGUAGUCUUGAUAUAAAACUUACUCAUAUAAAACAUAAAUUUCACCAUUUAAUAACAAACAUUAACAAACCAGAAUCAAAGCAUAGCUCAAUCAUUUUUAUCUUUUGAUUAAUGCUAAUAUAUAUAUAUUUCAUAGUUAAAUAUAAUUAAUGUGAAUAUAUUUAAUCUUUAAUAAUUAAUAGUAAGUAUAUCAAAUAGUAACUAAGUUUUUAUAGAAAAUGUAAAUAUUUAGAGUAGCUAAAUAUAAGGUAAUCUUUUUUUAUUUUAAUAAAUUUAAAACAUAACAAUGACUAAUAUUAGCAUUAAAAAUUGCUCUACCUUUUAAAUAAAUAAGAGAAAUUUAGGAUAAAAUUAUGAUGAUAGUUAGCUGUUAAUAAAUAAGAAUUACAUUUUAACUUUUAUAGGUAUCCUAUCUCUUCAAAUAAAUGGGUAUAUCUCAUAAGAUAAUAAAGAAAUUUACUAAAUAUAUACAAAUAGGGAAUAUCAGUAGCCUUAGGGAGUCCUUACUUUAAGCACAGACUUAUUUAAUCUUACAAAUGUCACUUUAUCUUAAAAUAAUUUCCCAAUUUCAUUUAAUGAUAAUUAAUAAAACUUUUUAAUAUACCUCUAAAAUACUAUGAUAUUUAUUGAUUAAAUGAAUUUUAAUAACAAUUAAGGUAAUUGUUACUUUUAUACCUCAAGUUAUGUAACAAUCAAAAAUAGUCUCUUUACAAAAAAUUUUGGUGUUUAAGGAGCAUCUAUCUUUCUUAAUUCAAUAUUGAAUUCUGCUUAGAUUAUAAACUCGAAAUUUACAUUAAAUGAUGCUAAAUACAGCGGAGGAGCAAUUAUGGCAAGUGAUGUUAAGUAUAUUGUAAUAGAUAAGCAAUCUUAUAUAACUUAAAACAGAGCUUUAAUUGGGGGAGGAAUAAGAAUUACUAAAUCUAAUUUUUUACAAAACACAUAGAAUAAAACAGCUGAAAGCAUUGAAUGUACAUUUUUAUAGAAUUCAGCCUAAAUUUAUGGAAAUGAUAUAGGUAGAUAUCCAUCUAUUGUAUAGGUUUAUAUUAAAAGAGAUAAUAAAUUAAUACUAUUAGAUUAGUAACCCAUAUAAACACAAAAAAAUGGAAAUACAAUACAUAUUAAUGAAUUGUAAAGUGGAGGAAUUAUUCCUUUGUAUAUAAAAUUAUUUGAUGACGAAAAAAAUGUCUUUUCCUUAGAUACAGAAUAAUAUUUAAAUGAUUAGUAUUCUUAAUAGACCAAAGAUGAAUUAUCUUAAUAUUUUAUAGAAAUAAUUUAAACUGAAACGAAUACGUUAGCUGACAUCAAAGGAGAGCCACUUCUAACAGUAAAAUAAUUUGAUAAAGAUAUUAACUGCUUUUAAUAUUAAACGCUAUCAAUUUCUUAUCUUCCAAGCUAAGUGAGUAACUCGAUAGCAAUAAAACUGACCAUUUCAAAUUAAUAUUCUCCUCUUAUAAUUCCUCUAAGUUUAUCUUUUCGUGAGUGUAUAAGGGGAGAAGUUCCAUUAAAUUCUUCAGCUAUUAUAACUUGCCAAGAAUGCUAAAAUGGUAUGUAUUCCCUAGUAGUACCUAACUCAAACCUCUCAGAUCCAAAUAAUUAUAUAUAAUGCAAAAAAUGUCCUUAAUCAGCGUUAAAAUGCUCUAAAGAUUAAAUUAUUUUAGAAUCAGGCUACUGGAGGAUUAAUAAUUAUAGUGAUGUGAUAGUGGGAUGUAAUCCUGAUUAUCCUAGUAUUUGUAAUGAAGCAGAUGAUUAAAGUAGAAAUGGAUGUGAAAAAGGAUACAUAGGACCGUUAUGUGAAACUUGUGAUAUCAGUGGAAUUAUAUGGGAUGGAGAUAGGUAUACUAGUUCAUUUUCGAAUUUUUAAUGUAAUAAAUGUAGCGAUUAAUCAUAUCAAACAUUUUUCUUAGGUUUGAGUUUCUUUAUUUUGCUAAUUUAUUUGCUUUUUAGUAUAAUAGUGUUUAUGGAUAGCUACAUUUAUAAUUCAAUUUGCUGUUAUUUAAGAAUAAUAAGAAUUUUACCCAUGUCUAAGAGUUCAAUUAAGGAUGAAUCAACUUUCUUUAUCAAAGCCUUAGUAAAUUAUUUAUAACUUUCGUCGGCGUUGUUUAAAUUUUAAAUUACAUUCCUGCCAUAAGUAUUUGCAGUAAUCCCUUCCUUAGCUGGAUAGCCUGUAACAAAAAUUAUAAUAAGUAGCUCAUGUAUUUACCCUUUGAGAGAUAUUAAGCUGUAUGGAGAAGAAAAAAUUAGAGCAGUAUUAUAAGCAGUGCUCCCUUUUGUUUUUUUAGCUAUUAUUUAUAUUGUGCUUUUGGUUUUCAGAGCUUGUAAGAAAUUUGAUGUUGGAAAAUACCAUAAUCAUUUUAUGUUAAAUUUCCUUUUCAUAUUUUUCUCGCCAGAUUGCAUUAGAUUUUUCACUGAAUCUUUGUCUUGCCGUAAAAUAGGCGACUAUAAAUAUACUACUAUAAAUCUCACUCUUUUAUGUGAUGAUAGUGGAUUUGAGUCUUUUAAAUACUAUUUUAUCCUUCCUAUGCUUUUGCUUUGGUUACUAUUCCCUAUUUUAAUUUUUUAUUAGUUGAAUAAAAAUCAUUUAAAGAAACAUAAUUUACAUUUUUGCACAACAAAAUAUAAGUACGCAUAUUUCUAUUUAGAAUUCAAAAAAGAACGUAGUUACUGGGAAUUUAUCAGAAUUUAUUACAAAAUUCUAAUAGUAAUUACUGUUACACUAUUGUAAGAAUUACAGGUCCUUAUGUAUUUGCUCUGCAUUGUUUUUGUCUUUGUUUAUAUGUAUUUGGUUUAAAAAUAGGAGCCUUUCUACUCAAAAAUACUAUUGAAAUUAGAAGAAAUAUCAUCGUUUAUUCUAAUUUUUAACGUGGUUUUCUCUUAGCUUAAUAAUCAAUAUCCAUCUAUUGUUUUUUAGAUAUGUUUAGCAAUUGCUCAUUAUGGGUUCAUUAUCUUUUUAAUGUUAAUUAUACUUAAAUAUAAAAUAUAAACAACUAAUUCUUGCUUCACUUCAUUGAUAAAUUCAAUAAUUAAGUGUAUAUCUCCAAAAAUAUUCAAUAAUGCAUCUAACCAUAAAGCAAAAGACUUAAAGGUGUACUUUCUUUGGAAAAAAAUAUAUAAAAAUCUUCUUAUUAUAAGGGAAAAAAAUGCUGCUAGUUAGAUAAAAUAAAUAGAAAGCAUUUAAUAAUAUAAGCAUACAAAUACUAAUAAAUCAUUUGGUACUAGAAAAAUGCCAGAAAAUCAAAAAUUAACAGGGCAUUCUCUUUUUGUUAAUAGUAAAGUAGAGGAUAGCAGUAUUAUUGAGUACAAUAAGCCAGAGAUUUAGAAAAAUUAAUAAAAGUCAAUUAUCAAGCAUAAUAUAUUAAAUAAUUCAGAGGGUUUGAGUCCAAAUAAUUCAAGUUAUAGAUUUAAAUUAGAAAGCCCUACUAGUAAAUUUAAAUUUUUAAAUUAAAAUUCAUAUGUAGAUUAAUCUGAUUAUGUCAGCAAUAAGGAUCUUUCAGUAAAUACUAUGAAAAAAGUUAACUUAAAAUCUUUUGAUAUCAUUUAAAGUCCUCCGUUAUCCCCUGAGUUAUUUGCUGAAGAUAAACUUAGUGAAGAUAAAAAUUAAAUUUAAGUGUAUUAAAGUAAAUAGCUAGAAGACUUAAAAUUAAUAACAUCACUAAAUUUAAAGUAAACCAAGCUAAAAUCUACCUAAUAUGAAGUUUAAUGA